AUGGGGCAUGUGAAAUUCCAAAUUUUCCAUCAGACAUGCAGUCAAGAUCGCAGGAUGCAAAACAGCACCUCCACCGCACCACACGGGGGAGGGGGCUUGUACCUAGCAGACACUAUCACCACCAUGGAUGCAGCCCAGACGUACUGUACAUGCCAGCCGCAUCGCCACAUCAGCACAGGACUAAGUACGAUGUGCAGGAAGUCCGGAGCUGCUCGGCACAUGAGCCACACCUCGGUUCAUUCUGGCUGGGGACUGAUAAAAGUCCUAUCCGUCGAGUUGCUUCGUGGUCCCACUCAGCAACGCGAUGACCUGUAA